GUAGCUCCACGUUAUAGUAUAAAGAAGAAGUCAGGGCAGUAAUAGCUUCAGGGGCUGCUGCCGAAUCGACCGGUUCAUUUGCGCAGCUGCAUAUCCCACUUUUUGUAAAAACGGACUGCAGCAUCAACCCCAACCAACACACAGUACCAAGCUGCUUUCUACCGCAUCAACGCUGGGACACUCUCCUCCGGCGCGUUACCGGGGCAACAACAGAAGAUAAAGAUAACGCGAUGAUAGUGGAGGGAUUUUAGUCGUGAAGACAAGGAGAAGAAGGAACGAGGCGCAGCUCUACAGCGGUGUGUUCAGAGCUGUAGCAGUGGGAGUGGAAAGGAGAGGUUUUGUCAUGGUCGGACGCGGACUGUGGGUAUGUAAGCCUCGGUUUGGAAAGCGAGGGAGCAGGUUUGGUGCUUUGCCUUAUUAUGUGUGCUUGGCGUUAGCGACCUUAGCCGUGCUGGCUCUGCUCUUCGUGGACUGCAUCGAGUCGUGGGUCACCUCCAUCAGCAUGAACACGGUGUUGGAGCCGCCUCACGCAGGAGGAGGAGGAGGAGGAGGAGGAGGAGGAGGCAUCAUCCCUCCGCAGAGCGUCCCUCCCACCAGACCAGAGGAGUUCCUGCUCAUGCCCAGUCCUCUGGUGUGCCAGAGAGCCAAGCCUUACCUCAUCACCAUGGUUACCUCGGCUCCUGGCAACCAGAGGGCCCGCCAGGCCAUCCGGGACACCUGGGGUGGUGAGGUGGAGGUGAGGGGCCUCAGGGUCAUGACCCUGUUCAUGGUUGGUGUGGCGUCUGACCCCGGGAUGGCCAAGCUGCUCAUAGAGGAGGCUAGGGAGCGAGGGGAUUUGAUUCAGGGGCGCUUUCUGGACACCUACUCCAACCUGACCCUGAAGACUCUGUCCAUGCUGGGCUGGGCCCGCCGGUUCUGCCCUCAGGCCCACUUCAUGGCCAAAGUGGACGAUGAUGUCCUGUUCAACCCCAGCGCCCUGCUGCACUUCCUGAACAAGAGCCGUAACCCCUACGAACAAGGAGAUUUGUACCUCGGCAGGGUGCAUCUUCACGUGGCCCCGGACCGUGACCCCGAGAGCAAGCACUACCUCCCCUCGGGGGCCUACCCUCCUUCUGUGUUUCCAGACUACUGCAGUGGUACGGCCUACGUCCUGUCCCGCUCUGCAUUGCUCAAGAUCUCCCUGGCAGCUUCCGCAUCGCCUUUAUCUACACCCCUGCCCCCCGAGGAUGUGUUUGUCGGCCUGUGCGCCCGGACAGCCGGAGUGCUGCCCUCGCACUGCCCGCUCUUCUCCGGGGGCCCCGGUGUGCCAUACGGGCGCUGCUGCUAUCAGGCCAUGGUGUCCAUCCACCGCAUCCCGCCCAGGGAGAUGCUGCACUACUGGGCUGACGUCCAGACAUCACACCCUUGCUCCUGGCUGAGUCUGCGUGCCUCUCUGGGGCUCUGCAAAGUCCGGGCGAUGUUGGGGUCAGCUCUGGGGCUGGAGCAGGGCUUGUGAGGGUUCAUAAGAAGGACUCGUUGGGGCUGUGCCUCGCUUCAAUACUGUGAACAGCACAAGUGCUCUUCAGGCUGUCAAAUGUCACUUUAUUUUUAUAGCUUUAUUUUUUUAAAACACUAUUUAACUGGUUUUAUUUAUUUGCAGGAAAGACGAUGAUCAGCUGGUUGUAUGAAAAAUUGUCAAAGUAGUCUUUAAGCUAUCGUUAUUAGACUGUUACAGCAUCCUUCACUGACACAUAUAAUAGAUGUAGAACAAACAACAAUGGCAUGCUGAUAGUAUACAGUGAGGAAACACAGCCGCUUAUGUGAUAAAUGCACAUUGGAACAAGUAUUUCUAUUGACACACACAGUCUGACAUCUAUAGGCUGCUACCCUCAUAUAUAUAUUACACCAGGUACUUCAAGUGUAGAUGUUAGUCUAUUAAGAUGCCUAAAUGCAUGAUGCUCCAAACAAUAGUACAACCAAACCACAGGCUUCAGAUACCGAGUAGGAAGGAAGUAAUACCAAUAAAUAUUUAAUUGCUAAAAGCUUUUUUAUGUUCAAAAUGGUAGUAAGAAUCACGUCAGUACAGGAUGUAUCCAAUGAAUUUGUGUUUUUCAGUAAUAAUAAUGACAUGAUGAUGUUUGCAACCUGCCAUUGAUUGGACAGUUUUGAAAUUGGAGACAGUGAGAUGUAAUCGUCCAGUUCUGGGAACAGACGUCAGAGGAAUUUGAUAUCUUCCGUCUUUGGAGGCUCGAUUAUUCUGCUGCCUCAUAUCAACUGGAAAAUAUAACCAUGACUGAUGUGAUACAUCGCUACAAUCCCAACUGAAUUGUAGUAUUAUAUCUUUCUGUAACAUUGAGAUUAAACAUUAAAAAGAGUGUGAGUGUCUGGACUGAUUUCGGUACAUUUUAAAAGACAGUUUACAGUGUGUCAGGAUAAAGCCCCAAUGUGAACAAAGAGAAGGUCAGUGUGUUUACACUCAGGAAAUUUAUGGUUGAAUCAAAUAGUCACCAAUAAACCGCUCUGUAUCAUGUUAA